AUGCGGUUGGUGCCAUCAACAGCGCUCCCAAACCCCGGAAAGCACCCUUUCUUCGUCACCCGUCAACGUAACUUGCCAUCCCAAACCGUUCUCUCCACCGAAGUGCACUUCUUGGCAGGUCCACGCAUUAAUCAAUUCUCCCUCUACUAUUCAACAAAAUGCCCUGGCCUGUAUGCCCCAGAGUCCAGGGUUAGCACCGCUUUGCAAAGAUCAGCCAAAAUAACCUCAAACAGAUGCCCCGGGCCGACCCAGGAUAUCUUCGUGAGCAAGUGGGUGCUUGAGUUGAAGGGAAUACGAGUGACGCGGCUCUUCACCGAGAUUUCCCCGUUCGGAAAGGCAGGCCGUGAUUGCAUAUCACGUUUCGACCAUCUUCCAACCAAAUCUCUUCCAUUCGGAAGGAGGAUGCCAAGGUGGAAGUUUGUUUCGACGUCAGGACGGGCAAUAGGGCUUUUCGUUUUGCUUAGCGCCAUCUUUAGCAAGUGGUCUAGUAUCGUGGCUUGCAAAUUCUCCGCGAUGGGCUUCAGGCCAAGAUCGACGCCACUGAAUGAUGACCCAUGCCGGGAUGUGGAGGAACAAAGCCGAAACUUUGUUUGUGCAUGUGUCGAAAAGGAGGCUCUGAGAGCCUUGGGAAAUGGUUUUCUGCACAUCGAACCAUGCUUUGGUUCUGUCAAGGACAGAAGGCUAGACCCUUUUGUCUCGCUCAGUAUCAACAGUACGCCAGUUUUGUAUCCAAUCUUGCAGAGCCCAUGCCAGAGGGAUGGUCACCCGUCUCAAAGCCUCCAUGCCACCACUCCUACAAUACGUCACCGUUCUAAAUUAUGGAUUACCGCCUCAUCACUUGUAUUUCUUCUCCGGACGAGGAAGAAAACCAGAGAGUUCACAUUCCACCUCUUCCCCACCUACAUUGUGAAAACGUAUGUUGGACGGGCGACAUAUGGCGUAAAAGCGAUAUAUACUCUCACCAAAAGACACUAUACGAUGGACCCAGAAACGGAGCUUCCAGCUUCCAGAGCAAGAAUGAAGGAGCGAUGUUUGACUCCAGGGGUUUAUACCCUUCACGGAGACCGUCGAUAUCGGAAGAACCUUAAAGAAGUUCCUUUGAGUGGGUGGACUGUGCAAACCAAAGUCUCCCCAAUUUCUAAAAAUAUCUCCAUUAGAGGAGGCUCAAUAGUGCCUUGA